GUUACUGGUACCAAUCUGUCAGAUAGGGAAACCUCUUCCAUACAUCUUAAGACUUGUAUGCAGCCUUGCUAAUUGACCUUAACCUUUACAUUGUGUACUUGUGAACAACCCAUUUGCAUCACAUUCCCUGGCAAUCUGUGUGAACUUUGGGAACCUGGACUACAAUGGCAGUCAACCUGAGCAAGAAUGGUCCGGCUCUGAUUGCCGCCUAUAAGAAGGUGGUGGAUGCCAAGACGGACACGGACUGGGCUUUGUUUACCUAUGAGGGCAACAGUAACGACCUUCGACUGGCAGAGACAGGAGGUGGAGGGCUGGAGGAGUUGGUGGAGGAGCUGAGCAGUGGGAAGGUCAUGUAUGCCUUCUGUCGAGUCUCAGACCCUAACUCUGGCCUCCCUAAAUAUGUCCUUAUAAACUGGACUGGUGAAGGGGUGAAGGACUCUCGUAAAGGAAUGUGUGCCAACCAUAUCAGCACCAUAGCAAAUUUUUUGAAGGGAGCUCACGUUACCAUAAACGCUCGCACAGAGGAGGACGUGGAGCCAGAGGCCAUUUUAACUAAAGUUGCAAAAGCCUCCGGAGCCAACUAUAACUUUCACAAACAGCAAAAUUACAUCGAUGCACCAAAAGGACCAGUGGGUUCUGUGUACAGAAAAGUCAAUGCUGCAGAAGAGAUCCAACAAACCAACAAGGAUAACUUCUGGGACCAGGCUCAGCGGGAUGAGGAGUUACGUCGAAAGGAGGAGAGAAAGAGAGCGGAGCAGGAGAGGCAGAACGCGGAGAAGGAAAGGAAGGAGUUGGAUGAGAAACAGGCAAAAGAGAGGGAGAGAAGAACGAAGGAGAGAGCUCAUCAAAUUGAACUAGAGAGGACCCUUCAGAAUAAAAGAGAUGAAGAGAAGAGAGAUGAGGAACAACAGAAAGUGGGUUCUGUGUACAGAAAAGUCAAUGCUGCAGAAGAGAUCCAACAAACCAACAAGGAUAACUUCUGGGACCAGGCUCAGCGGGAUGAGGAGUUACGUCGAAAGGAGGAGAGAAAGAGAGCGGAGCAGGAGAGGCAGAACGCGGAGAAGGAAAGGAAGGAGUUGGAUGAGAAACAGGCAAAAGAGAGGGAGAGAAGAACGAAGGAGAGAGCUCAUCAGAUUGAACUAGAGAGGACCCUUCAGAAUAAAAGAGAUGAAGAGGAAAGAGAAAGGGAGCAACAGCAGCUGAAUGAGCAGGAAAAUUCAAAGAAGGUAACAGGAAUCCACGCUGCAGCAUCUGUGCAGAAAGCUAAUGAGGCAAAGUCACUGAUUUCUCAGAGAGCGUUCAAUCCCAGAGACAUCUUCAAGCAGAAGGAGCAGAGCUUUGAGACCAACACACCAUCUGCUGCUCCAUCCAGACCAGGGAAGCUCCAAAGUAAGUUUUUGUCUCAGAAAUCGUUUGAGCCUGAAGAAGCGGUGAAGCCUCAGAGUUCUCCGCCGGACGUCCACUACCCAGUGACCAACCCCUUCUCCUCAGCCACACCUGAACUGCCUUCACUUCCUGCUGCAGCUUUCUCGCCCACCCUCCAAGAGGCGGUGACUUCACAUGAGCAGCCUGCAGAGGACGGUUCCACUGAGGAGGCAGAAUGGUCAGAUGAGUUUGAUGAUGAUGCAGAUGAAAUGACUCCAGCUGAAAGUCCAGUUCAGCAGGAUCUGUACCAGACUCCAGAUCCAGUUGGCACUGCUGAUAAUCUGUAUGAGAACAUUUACCAGGAUCCAACAGAGGACUAUAAUAAUCCAGGUGAUGGAGAACAGCAGCUGUACAGAGCCAGGGCUCUGUAUGACUACCAGGCUGCUGAUGAAACUGAGAUCACCUUUGACCCAGGUGACAUCAUAACAGAGAUAGAGAUGCUGGAUGAAGGCUGGUGGAGAGGCUAUGGACCUGAUGGGAACUUCGGCCUGUUCCCUGCCAACUACGUGGAGCUCCUCAAUGACUAAACAGUGGCAGUCCUGAUAUAGAAAUGGGUUAUUAACUUUUUCAUGUCUUUGUUUACCACCCGCUUGGAAAAUAAAUGAAUAAAAUGUUCCCAAUC